AAAAAAAUUCCAUAUCAAAAAAUGUCACUUGUGAGCAUUUCACUGUCCAUCAAAUUUACCUACAAAAUUUAAGAAAAACGAAGAAAAAUUUAUCAAAAAAUGGUUUUUAAUUUUUCGGCCUUCACAUAUAUUGUGGCUUUAAUCGGUGAUGCAUUUUUAAUAUUCUUUGCAAUUUUCCAUGUAAUUGCAUUCGAUGAGCUCAAAACAGAUUACAAAAAUCCCAUUGACCAGUGUAAUAGCCUUAACCCGCUUGUGCUGCCCGAAUAUUUGCUUCAUAUCUUCCUUAAUUUGUUGUUCUUGUUCUCAGGCGAAUGGUUUUCGCUAUGCAUUAAUAUACCUCUAAUUGCGUACCAUAUAUGGCGGUACAAAAACCGACCUGUAAUGACUGGGCCAGGUUUGUAUGAUCCAACAACUGUUUUAAGCACAGAUAAUCUAUCUAAGAACAUGCGAGAAGGUUGGAUUAAAUUAGCCAUUUAUUUGAUCUCAUUCUUUUACUAUAUCUAUGGAAUGGUAUACUCGCUGAUUUCAACGUAAAAUGUACUUUCAUCAAAGUUACCAAAGAAAUUACAAAAAAAAAAAAGAACAAAAAAUACACAUAUUUACAAGUGGGUAAAAAGGAUUCACCUUUUGUUUCUUUAAUAUUAAAUAAAGAAAUAAACAAAAACUCAUCAUCCAAACAAACAACAACAACAAAAACAUACACACAAACAUAAAAAAUAAAACACAGGUCUACAUUCGAACACGAAAAAAUGUUUAACAUUAAUCAUAAGCAAUACUUUUUUUUUCAAAUAAAUCUGUUUUUGAUUAACUCGAAAUAAACGUAAAUUACAAGAAAC